GAGGACUCACUACCGGAAGUGGUGUUCUUGCCACCGGUGUAAGCGCCGCUCACAGAAAGAAGCUCCUCAGACGAACUCAACGGCGAAGUGAUGUCGUUCUGCUCCUUCUUCGGCGGGGAGGUUUUUAAAGACCAUUUUAAACCAGGUGUUUAUGUUUGCUCCAAGUGUGAUCACCAGCUGUUCUCCAGCCGCUCCAAGUAUGAGCACUCGUCCCCCUGGCCGGCCUUCACGGAGACCGUCCAGGAAGACAGUGUGUCCAAACACAAGGAGAGACCUGGAGCGUACAAGGUGCUAUGUGGGAAGUGUGGAAAUGGACUGGGUCAUGAGUUUGUGAAUGACGGGCCAUCCAAAGGGUCGUCUCGCUUCUGAAUAUUCAGCAGCUCACUGAAGUUCGUCCCUAAAGAUAAGGUUGAUGGACAGUAAGGUGAGCUGGUGGGUGGAGGACGCGUUGCUGUACUUGUAGAAGUGUCUUUGAGCGGCUGAAGGUGUGGCCAGCGGAUGAGGAGUCCUGGAAGAAAGCCCGGUCAGGGAGCUCCAGGCCUCUGAAGGAUGGAUGGCCUCACUGGACAGCUAGAACAGAAGACGGGUCUCAGCAGCUUUUUUGUAUUAUGCAAUCAACACAAACUCAGUAAACCGGAACCCUUCCCUGAUGUCGCAGUCACUUUUAACAGAUUGAAUGCUGAUGUACAUUGAUUGUGUCUUGGGCAGUUUCUUUAAGCUAUAUCUCACUGGGAAACUGAAAUCUAAGACGAGAUUAACCUUUUACAAAUGGUCCCACAAUGUAUUUAUUUAAUUAAAUUGUCAACAAUGUGUUUCAGUUUGAUGUGUGUAGAAAAUCACGAUAGAUAAAUCACAUUUUCAUUCAAAUUAAAUAAUUCUGACGGUAAUGCUAACAGUGUCUCUGGGUACUGCCGUCACCUCUGAAAUGCGAAGGUUCAAACUAAGUAAUAUGCAAAAAGAACACAAUAAAUAUCUUUGAAUAAAAAAACAACACUAAAAUUCA